GUAAUUUCUUAAAUAUAUAUAUAUGUUAGGUAGGUAUUCAGCGGAAAAGAGAACGCUGUCGUAUUAUUUUUCUUCCUUCGGUCCUCGAGUCGGUCACAAGCAACGAUGUAUCAUCCGACCAGAGGUGGCGUCCGUGGCGGCCGAGAUCAAUUUAGCUGGGAUGAUGUUAAGGUUGAUAAACAUAGGGAGAAUUACCUUGGUCACAGUAUUAAGGCCCCUGUUGGAAGAUGGCAGAAAGGGAAAGAUCUGCACUGGUAUGCCAGGGGCAAAAAUUCUGAGAGUUCAGGUAAAGAUGCCUUACAAGAUGAAAUAAAAAGAAUUAAGGAAGAGGAGGAGCAGGCCAUGAGAGAGGCACUUGGUUUAGCUCCAAAGCGUGCUAGCCGAUCUCAAGGGAAUCGGCUUGAUAAACACGAGUUCUCUGAACUCGUGAAGCGAGGCUCUACAGCAGAAGAUUUGGGAGCAGGGCAUGCAGAAGCUGCACGUGUUGAUGGUCUUGGUUUCUCAAGAGCACCCCGCCCUUGGGAAGACCCAAGUACUCUUCCUUAUAACCACAGGGAAGCGUCGCCUGAGCCAGUGAAGGAGGAUGUGCGUGAUUCAUUACCCAGUAACUCUGGAGAAGGCGAAAAGGAGGAUGAAAGCAGCAGAAAGAAGAGGAGGCACGAGGAAAAGAAACAUGAGAAACGUGAAAGGCGUGAGAAACGACGUUCAUAUGAUUCAGAUGACAGAAAAAAGCACAAGAAAGACAAGAGGAGGAGGCAUGACUCUGACUCUGAAUAAACAUUGGAAAGUUGUUGAUUCCUUCUGUUUCGUGAUACAUCACAAGUUGCCUGUGCUAUCUCUGAUUUGUAAUAAUACACUUAUGCUUAAAUUGUAUUGUUGUUCAACAGUUUGAGAUUAUAUAUUUGCUUGGCCUGUGAAGAA